AGUCAAUAAUCGCCUCAGUAGAGUGAGCACCCACAUCACACUUUAUGUACACUUCUAACGUGUACUCGUGCGCAUAAUAUGUGUGUGCGGAGGACAAUGCCAUUCACCUCGCAAGGUUAAUGUGCUCAGUGGUCCGCGGAUAGACCGCUCGGCCGCCAGUAAAAGUCCGCGGUGCAAACUGGGCUACACAAGGUGAUUUAUCGCAGUUCGAGUCCGCGAUGAAAAGGUUUGGUAAGGUGUUGAGUUUCAGUGGAGGCAAAAAUGGUGCACGGGACGACUUUCGGCAGAAGAAGUCGAAGACGGAUGGUGAACACAUUAAGAUGUCAAUCAACGCCGCACGGAAGGCAAAAGUCCAUGGACAGCGCGUCAUUGCAAUGUUGUACUGCUUUAUCGUGUUGUCCAUUGGGUUGGCAGUCAGUCUCUACUGCACCGGAAGACGGACAGCCGAACUGGAGCACGCAUUUGUGUGGUUUUUCACCUUGAUGUAUCUCACGUCGGUCAUCGGCAUGCUGUACCUUCUCGCGUACAUUUUCUAUCACCGGAAUGCAAGUCUAGAAGCAGUGGAGAAAGGAGAUAUAACGGCUUCCAAAAUCCUGUUCUCCAUGCGCGGUGAACCAGUGAGCUUGUACCUACGUAUCGGACUUUGCAUUUUUGCCAUUUUGGCCAUCGUGUUUUCUAUGUGCCGAGCCAAAGAAAUUUCAGUUGACCAUGAUGAAUACGAAAAGCUCAUACCAUACACUGCAACCAAGGUGCUCUUCUUUAUCGUGCAACCGAUAUUUUUACUUUUGCUGCACAGACUAGUCUUGCUGACGAACGUAAACUUGUUCAGUUUCAUUCUACUACAUCUGCUCACAAUGAAUUUGUGCAUUUGGGUGGAGUCAGCGAUUGAGAAAAUCUCACGAGCUAUGCCUAGCGAUCACCACACUGAGCAUGGUACUCCGACCGUUCAUCAUGUCAAUCCCACUGUGACCGGAUACUUUCUGCCUGCGAUUCCCGAAUAUUGUGCAAUUGCUGUGGCGGUGAUUUACGAAAUGUCACAGCGUAUCGGACAAGUAAAACAAAUCGAAGCACAUCGCCCGCAUACAAAGAAGAAACCGCGAAGGUGUCGUGGGCGAAUUUAUACCAGUUUAAUCUUUAGCGUUAUUCUAUUCGUCUUCGUUCUGAUGGUCAUAUUGUUUUUGGAAAAUGCUGGAAAAGUGAUUGAUCAUUUUCGAGCCAUCGUCCACCUCAGUGAGAUAAGCAUAAUCCACAUAUUCGCCUUGGUGUUGACUAUCGCUGGAAUGAUACACGUGAAGAGGCUUAAAUUCUCUGUCAACUUCGCGAAGAAUAAUUUGGACGAGAAGCUGUUGAUGAUUACCUUCUUUUUGACUGUCAAUUUCAUGGUCGUGGAGAGUACAAUGUGUAUCUUUUAUUUGAUAAAUGAAUCACUGGAAAAGGAGAAAAUGAUUUAUAUGGGCGCACGGCUAGCGAGCGCUGUGUUGGAACUGGUUCAAGUGGUUGUGCAGACAUACUUCAUUCAUGACAUGUUCUACCGAUGCUGUCAUCAUGAAUCGUAUCAACGGAGUAAACCUGGGCGAGCAAUGAUAGUAAUUCUGGCUGCCUUGAACUUUGCACUUUGGAUGAUUUACAGUUUUCAGGUGAAACACAACGAUGUGCUGUUCCUAGAAGGUGCAAGGCGGCUCGAAGCAGCUGGGCUACAUGGCUCACACAUGUUCCUCAUAGUGACACUGCCAAUGGUGAUGCUAUUCCGGUACCACAGCAGCGUCUGUCUCGCAAUAUCUUUCGUUCGCAUUUACGAAGACGAGGUGACCCGGUAUGAAAGCAUGCUCCGGUGGAUGAGGCAAGGAGAAUCUGGAGAAAUACUACAAAACAAACCCACCAAUUUAGAUGAAUCAUGGCACAAAGGCGAUGACAUAAUCCCAAUGCUACAAGAAUAUGCAAGUAAACAGACAACAGCGAACGGGACACCAAGAACACCGUCACCGAAGCAGAGAAGUCCAGUACAACAAGAAUGUGCAGAAGACAUUAGUGUGGCGCAAGUGACCAUGGAUCUUGGCGAACUGGAAAGCAUAGAAGAGGAAGCGGAGCCAGCCACGUAUCAGACAGCUAGACGAGACACACAAGCAAACUGGGAACUGGCUCGCAUGCGACUGGCAGCUGCAGAAGUGGGUCGCCGUAAAAUUGAACUCAAGUUAAGGGAGCAACGGAAAAAAGCGAGACUCGCUUCUAAGAGUGCAAUGGAAAAGGGUUCAUCUGGGCAAGAUGCAGAGAAAGAAAUCCCAUCCACAUCGAAUUACUAGGUGAGUUCAGAGCAGCAGAUGUGAGUGAAUCGCACCAGCUGGAGCUUCAGUCAAACCUCAAGUAUCUAAUGAUGCGACACUGUAAACAUUAUGAUGGAUGAUAUUUAUACUUUUCUCAGGAAACUCUAAGACAUUCAAAAUUUCAGGUGCCAAAUAAAUAAAGUCGGCAUGCCUUGUAAUGUAUGUUUUGUACAACAAUUAUAAACCGAGCACGGAUUUGCGGCG